AUGGUAGAAGGCACAGGGGUAUGUUGUAUUGCUUUGGUCCCCGCUGUGAUUGCCACGUUGGGGAUUGCGGCUUCCGUACUGUCCUCUGUUUGGUGUGAAGCAAUCAAAUUUGUUCCUGAAGUAGACCUUGCAUCAGAUAAAGAUGCCUUUCGGUUUGGGCUCUUUUACUACAGUAAAGUCAGCAAUGUGACUAUCGAUUCUGCAGAAUCCAUUUUCAAAGUGAUCGAUAGCUGUGCCGAUUACCCAGAGGGAACUCCUGUGGAUGCAGCCUGGAAAGCAGCACGAGCCUUUGCCAUUAUCGCUCCCAUCUUUGCUGGGUUCCUUGCAGUGGGACUGUACAUGUCCCCCUGUUGCAUUUUCUAUUAUCGGGCCACUUGGCAAUCUCUGGCGGUGCUUGAAGGGCAUAUAGAUGCAGCCAAUUCCGCUUUAUUAUCAGAUUCGCAGAAUACUACUGAGGGGGGAAAUUUUGGAACCAUUGCUAAUCGAUUCGCGGACAAUGUGGAUGCUUUGCAAAGUGCCUACGAGGAAGGUUGCUCAUGGGACUGGGGAAUGUAUGCCAACUUGGUUUCCUUGGGUUUGUUUUUUGUGACGGGGGUGGUCAUGAUCAUGAUGGGGGCACCCACUCGACCGCCUCCCAAACCAACGGAGAUUCAAACCGUGACAUACCAACAAACCACCAAUGAUCAUGGAGAGGUUGUCGUGGAAGAGGUGGAUGUCACCACGGAUGCCCUCUCACCAAACAACUCAAGCCCUGUAUGGGCAAAUCCAAAUCAACCGGUGGCGACACCUUACUAG